ACCCCUUGCGCGUCCCGCCCCUCCCGUGCGCCGCUGACGCGCCGUGCUCCGGCGCAGGCGCACAGGGGACGGUCGCUAGCCCAGGUGAGCGGGCGCGCUGGUCCAGGUGAGCGGGCACGUCCCCGCGACGGCGCUGCCUGCCGGAGGCGGUUCACGUAAAGCCAGCGAGGCCCUGCCUGCCAGCCGGGAGGGAGGCGUGGAUAUGGAGCUGGCGGCUGCCAAGCCCGGGGCCCGCGCCGCUGCCUAGCGCGUCCCGGGGACUCUGUGGGGACGCGCCCCCCGCCGCGGUUCGGGGACCCGUAGAGCCCGGCGCUGCGCGCAUGGCCCUGCUCUCGCGCGCCGCGCUCACCCUCCUGCUCCUCCUCAUGGCCGCUGUUGUCAGGUGCCAGGAGCAGGCCCAGACCACCGACUGGAGGGCCACCCUGAAGACCAUCCGGAACGGCGUUCAUAAGAUAGACACGUACCUGAACGCCGCCUUGGACCUCCUGGGAGGCGAGGACGGUCUCUGCCAGUAUAAAUGCAGUGACGGAUCUAAGCCUUUCCCACGUUAUGGUUAUAAACCCUCCCCACCGAAUGGAUGUGGCUCUCCACUGUUUGGUGUUCAUCUUAACAUUGGUAUCCCUUCCCUGACAAAGUGUUGCAACCAACACGACAGGUGCUAUGAGACCUGUGGCAAAAGCAAGAAUGACUGUGAUGAGGAAUUCCAGUAUUGCCUCUCCAAGAUCUGCCGAGAUGUACAGAAAACACUAGGACUAACUCAGCAUGUUCAGGCAUGUGAAACAACAGUGGAGCUCUUGUUUGACAGUGUUAUACAUUUAGGUUGUAAACCAUAUCUGGACAGCCAACGAGCCGCAUGCAGGUGUCAUUAUGAAGAAAAAACUGAUCUUUAAAGGAGAUGCUGACAGCUAGUGACAGAUGAAAACGGAAGAACAUAACCUUUGACAAAUAACUAAUGUUUUUACAACAUAAAACUGUCUUAUUUUUGUGAAAGGAUUAUUUUGAGACCUUAAAAUAAUUUAUAUCUUGAUGUUAAAACCUCAAAGCAAAAAAAGUAAGGGAGAUAGUGAGGGGAGGGCACGCUUGUCUUCUCAGGUAUCUUCCCCAGCAUUGCUCCCUUACUUAGUAUGCCAAAUAUCUUGACCAAUAUCAAAAACAAGUGCUUGUUAAGCGGAGAAUUUUGAAAAGAAGAAUAUAUAACCCAAUUUUCACAACCACAUUUACCAAAAAAAGAGAUCAAAUAUGAAAUUCAUCAUAAGGUCUGUUCAACAUUAUCUUAUUUGGAAAAUGGGGAAAUUAUCACUUACAAGUAUUUGUUUACUAUGAAAUUUUAAAUACACAUUUAUGCCUAGAAGGAACGGACUUUUUUUUUUCUAUUUUAAUUACACAUAAUAUGUAAUUAAAGUACAACAUAAUAUGUUGUUUCUCUGUAGCCCGUUGAGCAUAUGAGUAAGUCACAUUUCUAUUAGGACUACUUACAAGGACAAGGUUUCCAUUUUUCCAGUUGUAAAAUUGGAACCAUCAGCUGAUAACCUCGUAGGGAGCAACCCCAGGAUAGCUAAGUAUUAUGUAAUAUGCCUAAAAGGUGAUGUGAAUGCGAUUCAGAAGCAUAGCCUCUCCCAUUUUAUGAGCUACUCACAUGACAAAUGUCAUCUUUUGCUAUAACCUUUGCCAAGUUGGAGAAAAGAUGGAUUUAAUGAGAUAAAUGAAAAGAUAUUUAACCUAAUAUAUCGAGGCACUAUUUGCUGUUAUGCUUUGUUAUUUAUUUCCCAGCACUUGUUCUUUAUCGUAGAUUUUUUAAAGACUAACCUUUUACUAACUGUGGUCUUACUAAAAUUUGUGCUUGAUACUGCUUUUCAAAAAGCCUUUAAUUAGAGCCAAAAGGAUGGAAAAUGCAAGAUAUAAAUAACUGCCUUUUAUAGAUCUCUUAUUUACGUUGAAAAUUAUUACCAUAUGUUUAGAGCAAAUCCAAGAAAACUUCAACAGCUUCUGAAGAUGUCUAUGAAUGUUGAAAACUUUUCAAUCUCUUGGAAUGCUCAGUUAUGUUCCUAGACUGGUCUUUGCUGACUACUGGUUGUUAACCUUUCCCUAGCCCAGGACCUCAAGCCAUAUAUAUCCUUUGGGUAACCCAUGGCCAAAGUUAUUAAGAUGAACUGACUUCCAAAGUCAGAGAAGGACAGCAUAGGGAGAGGCGGUUCUUUGUAAGUCAUUACAGGUAGAACAGGGCAGAAGGAAAAGUAUGUUCUGGAAAAAGGGCCAUGUUCCUAACUUUGGAGAUAUGUCAUUGCCAGGAACCUAGUAUCUUCCAACUUGAAUUGGUGGCAGCUGUUCCAGUGAGACAAGGCACAUGUAUGCCUUGUGGCUAAGUGAGCAAACUGGGUUUCCACUUAAAUGUUUGGAACCCUCAAUUGAUUCUUUAUUUCAAACCUUUAUAAAAGGUACAGUUUUGUAAGCCAUUAUUAAUAAUUAAUGCUUAUCGGCUGGGCACAGUGGCUCACACCUAUAAUCCCAGCAUUUUGGGAGGAUCACUGAGGCGGGUGGAUCACUUGAGAUCAGGAGUUUGAGACCAGCUGGCCAACAUGGCGAAACAGCGUCUCUACUAAAAAUACAAAAAUUUGCCAGGCGUGGUGGCACAUGCUUAUAGUCUCAGCUACUCAGGAGGCUGAGGCAGGAGAUUCACUUGAACCCAGGAGGUGGAGGUUGCAGUGAGCUGAGAUCGUGCCACCGCACUCCAGCCUGAGCAACAGAGCAAGACUCUAUCUUAAAAAAAAAAUGGUUUAUCAAUAUUUAUUAUUGAAAUAUUUGUCCAGGUAACUUUACACUUAUAAUGAAUUCAUAGAUUUUGUUAGCAGCAUUGGCUUUCUCAAAAGGACAAACUCAAUAUCUUUAUAAAAUAUAAUUCAUGAUCACAAAUUACACACAAAUCAGUAGAAACGGUUUUUUAUGUUCAGAUUUAAAAAAAAAAACACUUGGGAUAAUUUUAGAUUUACAGAAAAGUUGCAAAGAUACAUGGAGAGCUUCUGUGACCACUCACCCAGUUCCCCCAGUGUUAACCUUUUAUUUAACCAUGAAGCAUUGUCAGAAGCUAAGUAAUCAGCAUUGGUAAUUACUAUUAACGGAACUUGACUUUAUUUUUCAGAUUGUAUUAGUUUUUUAAUUAAUGUCAUUUUUCUUUUCCAGGAUCCAAUCUAGGAUACCACACUGAAUUAGUCGUCAUGCCUAAUUAGCCUCUGGUCUGUGAUAGUUCCACAGUCUUUCUUUUUCAUAACCUUGACAGUUUUGAGGAGUACUGUUCAGGUGUUUUGUAGAAUAUUCCUCAAUUUGGGUUUGUCUGAUGUUUUCCUCAUGAUUAGAGUGGGGUUAUAGAUUUUUAGGAAGAAUACCAGAGGUGAAGGUCCUUUUCACUGCAUGAUGUCAGGAGUUACAUGCUAUCAGUUUGAUGGUGUAUUAACUUUGGACACUUGGUUAAGGUAGUGUGUGUUGGUUUUUUGCUGCUGAAAAUUACUGUUAUUUUCCCUUUCCAUACUUCUGUUCUUUGGAAAACAGUCAUUAAGUCCAGUCAUGGGAGGUGGUGGGUGGGAAAGAUUACAUUCAACCUCCUGGAAGUGGGAAUAUCCAUAUGUAGUAUUUGGAAUUUUUCUAUAUGGAAAAUUUGUCUCUCCCUCCCACCCUAAUUUGUUUACAUCAGUAUGGACUCAUGUAUAUUUUGUAUUUUGGGUAACACACUAUUUAUUUUGUUGCUUAAGUUGUCCAGCUUGGCUAUUAGGAGUUCUGCCAGGUUGGCUACUAUGUCCCUUUGAUGUGCCCAUCCUUUUGAUUUUUGAGCACUUCCUUACUUUCUGGCACUACAAGAUGCUCCAGGUUCAUCUUGGAUAUUCCCUGCCCCAACCUUAGAAUUCCUAGAAUCAACCCCUGCUCCAAAGAGCCCUGGUUCCUUGUUGGAGAAUCAUACUUAGAAACCAAGAUCUGGGCAUUAGAUGUGCUUGUUGCUACUGGGAUGUCACUGUUUGUAGCAGAGUUGAGAAAUAUGUAUGUAUAUUAAUCCAUGCAUAUGUACACAUCUGUAAUUAUUUAUGUGUGUACAAAGCUAAACAUGAGUUUGUACUGCCGUCUUCAACUCAAAAUUUGUCCCAAAAUUUUGUGGCAUAUGUUUAUAUUUUAAAGUUGGUAUUUUCCCUAUUGACAGAAUAAACUCAUUAAAAGAGCAAAAAAAAAAAAA